GGGCGGCCCAUUACGCACCGUUCGCGAUCGGUAGACCGGUCUUUUUGCCCGGUCGGGCGUUCCUCUAACUUGACGACGACCGGCGACCACAGUGGCACGGUCUUGAUCUUGGCCCGUGACCCCCCGUCGACCGCAGACACACAAAACCGCGAUUCACACGGUAUACCUCAAGGUUAAACCGGGUAUACCAACGACACCGCGUAUAUUGACAAUACAUUUAUUAUCCUUAUCUAUAAUAAACGUAUUAUCUACGUCCGGGCCGUAGAAUGAUAUUUUUAUUAUUUUUUUUUUUUAAUAUUUUUAAGCCGUGGAUAAUAGCAAUAGUGAUGUUACCGUACGAUCCGUGCAGACACCCCCCCAAUUCUGUCUACGUGCUCCGUGCCCGCAGGCUUGGAGAUUCUGCGGUUCCGCGAUUAUAAUAUUAUCAUUUAAAAAUGAUAAGGUGAUAAUAUUUUUUUUAAUAGUUAUCAAAAUAUCAUUAGUUUUCAUAAUUUCGCUACAUUUUUAAAAAUUAUAUUUAACACUCACCACUCGAAUCAAACGGUUCCAAAAUAUUGUUUUUCAAUUACAUUUUAUUAUCUGCAGUACAAACAAAUUUAUAAUCGAUAUUAAUUAUUACAAUAAUUGUUUUUUAGUGAACAGAAAUAUAGUCUAUCCAGAUGUUAGGGUGUAAGUAUCGUCUUUAACAUUUAUAUGAACUUUUUUUUUUUUCUAAACUUGCACAACAAUUUUUAGUUAGUAGCUUAUAUAGACUCUACACUAAUAAGUAAAUGUAUUCAUAUUGUGGGCAUUUCCAUGGUUUUUUAUGAGGCAUAUUGGAAAUCAAAUUAGUUAGAUAACGCUGAAAAAAAAAAUAUUUAUAACAAAAAUGAAUUGUGGUUAGAUCCUGCAUAAUAUUAUUAACUAAAAACCGGCAUUUAAAUAGAAAAAAUAUAAAUUCAUUUGUUUCAAAUUUGUCAUUGAUAAAUACAUAUUUUUAAAAUACUAUAAUUUCAAAUAUUAUUAGGUAUAGGUAGGUGUUUUUUUAUAAUAUCCAGUGAAUAUUUCAACCACAAAGUUUACACAGCUAUGUAAUAUUAUGUGAAAUACAUAUGACAAUUUCUUGAUUUAAACUGUAUGUUAUUUAAAUUUAAAUUAAAAACCCCAAAUCUAUAAAAAAAAAAAAGAAAAAGGUAAGUACACAAAUGGUCUUUGAUUUUCACGCUUAUGAGCAAACAACAACUGUUGAUUCUUUUUUUGCACUUUAGAAACAUAUUGUUUAUUAACAUUAAAUUAAAUAUUUUAAAUUAUAUUACAAGAUAAAAAUAUAAUCAAUGAUUCAACCUACUUGAACCUAUUAUAAAUAUUAAUGGCAGGAGAAUAAAAACUUGUGGUUAGCCGAUAUGACUUUUUCCCAAUAUCUGAUAUUUUCAUAUUAACUACUGAUUUAAAUCCUAUUUUUUUAACCACUCAUUUCAUAUUCAAGAAGAUGUAUAGAUGUUUUUAUCCCGAAAAUAUUAGGUCAAAUAUCAGUUUUGAAAAAAAUCAGUUAUUUAAUAUUCUCAUUGUUAAUAUAACGAUAACAGCUUAUGCCAAUACUCACCAAUAAUAAAAACCUUUGUAGAAAUUAAUAAUAUACACACAUUUUUUAAGUUCAUACCUAUUAUUAAUAAUAAAAUAUAUAAUUCAAUCUGAGUUGAAUGUUAACAGAAUACAUAUUCUGUUAAAAAUAAGCAAAACUUACCAAUAUCAUCUACACUUACUUGCAUAUAAUGUAAUAGGUACAUUCAUAUUAUCAUGAUAUUAAAACAAUUAAAAUUGUCUGAAAAAUAAUUAUUAUUUCAUUUACUAAUUGUAAUACAUUUCAAGAAAAUAUAUGAUUUGUGUACAUUUGGAAUAUAUUAGUUUUACAAUGAUGUUUUUUUUUUCUUUGAGAGAAAUUUUUACCAGAAAUCUUACUCCAAUUUUCAAGUGUAGCAUCUUUACUGAAAGGAAAUUUGAUCAUGUUAGUACCUAAUUUAUUACAAAUAGGUCAUUUUUUAAUUUUCUAGAGGGUUUUCCUAAUAAUUACGGAAAAACUGGAAAAUGUACGAAAUGUAUAUUCAAUUUUGGUUUUUUUGUUGUGAUUCAGUUUAAAAUAUUUGUUGAAACUCAAAAUUAAUAAUAAAAACUUAUAUUUGACUUUUCUAGACGUGGUAAAAUUGUCAAAAUAUUUCAGCUAUUUAUAGAUAUUUUAAUUUUGUUAGUUUUUACUUAAUUUUUAUUCAGUAGAUAUUCUGUGGAUAAAAUUAUUACAUCAAACAAAAAUACUUAAAAAUUUAAAAGCGGGUUCGUUUUAGGUAGUAUUUUGUGGUAAAAAAAAAAAAAAAACUAGUGUAAUGAGGAAUAUUUUCCUAAGGAUAUUAAUAAUUUAAAAUUAAUAUCAAAUGUUGAUGAAAAUUGUAAAUAUUACAGUCUUUCUAAACAUGUAUAACUGAACUCCAUUCAGUAUCGAAAUCAAAUUGUUAUCCAAUAAAAAAUAAAUAUUAAUUUAUUUGUAUUCAAAAUAAAUUAUUAUUUAAUUAGAUACAUUAAAUUAUUAUAAUUUAAAUGAUUAUUAUUAAUACUAGUCAUAGAUUUAAUAUUACAACUAUUUUACUUAAAUGAUAAACAUUUUUAUAUUUAAUAUUAAUAGAUAAUCCAACAAAAACUAUAAUAAACAUAAACAAAUGUAUAUAUUAUUAUUUAAUUAUUUAUAACAGUUUAAAUGUUACUAAUGUACAUGUAUAUGUUUAGAAAACAAAACAUUAUAAAACCUAUUAAAAAAUAAUAAAUAGAUAAUACUUUCAGUAUUUUUUUUUCGUGGUCAUAUUUUAGAUAUAUAAUAUUUAACAGUUAUGACUUGUUGGUAUAAACCAUGAAAAAUUAAUUUUCUUAAAAAAAAAAAAUUGUACAGUUAGAUCUUUGAUCUAAUAUUUUUCUUUUGAUUUGCUGCUAUUAAUAUUCAUUUUUCUAAACCUUAAAGCAGUUGUUAAAAUAGUGAAAAUAUUAUUUACUUAUUGUUAUUUGACAAAUUAUUUAUAGUUAGAUAUCAUUUUGUGAGGAGAUUCUUCAGAAGAAUUAUGAAGCCAAUGACUGUCGAAGAAGCUCAAGCCAAAAAGCUGUUCCUCUCAAAAGCAUAUUUUAGUAUUAGUAUACUUGCGUUUUGUACUGUAUUGUACCAAGUGAAACAAGGUCGUCUGAAUUGGUUAGAAUCUGAAGAAUUAAUACCGGACGAGGAAGUGAAAAUAUCCCCGGGUAAGUUGCAAUAUUCUAUUAUUGUCAACCAAAAAUAAUCAUAGUUAAAUGCUAAUAAAUAAAUUUUUUGCUAGCAUUCCAAUAUGCCAGAAUGUUAAAUAUUCCAAAGGCAACCAUUGUCAGAAUGAAAGGUGCAGAAGUUUUAAAUUCUAAAGAUUACAACAAAGAAACAUUCAAUUUAUCUGAACACAUACAAGAAGAAGAAAGUUCUCCAGUAGACCCCCAUAACAAAUUUAUCAGAAUAUAAAAAACAUGUAUUAUACACAUAAUAUUAUCUAGUCUGUAUAAAAUAUUGUAAGUUGUUUAAAACUCAAUACACUAGCCACAUACAAAGCCUCAGCUUAAUAGUCUUUAGUCAAUUGAUUAUACUUGACUUCUUUUGAAGUUUUUGUAACCGUUUUGCACUGAUAAAGGUGUUGGGGGUUGUUCUUCCCAUCGUGACGCAGUGUGUAGUACAUAGCCAGGAUCAUUAGGAGAUUUAGGCUCCUCCAUAUUAGCCCCAAAGUAGAAUCUGCUUUUAACAGAUUUUUGUAACGAAUCGUUCACUCUUUCUACAGGCGAUUUUAAUAACAGGUCAGCAGGCCUCGUCGAUCUUUUUUUAUCAGACAUGAUGUAUGGCACUCUUGUGUUUGACACUUCAUGUUCAUUUUCCUCCUUUGGACUUUCCUGUUGAUGGUGGUGCACAGUGCUUGUAAUACUAGGAGAUUGCAGUUUGGUUCCAUUUUUAAUAUUUACAAAUCUACAAAAAAAAAAAAAAAAAAAAAAAACAACUGUAAAAUAAAAUUUAAAAAGGAUUGAUAUUAGGGAUGGGUGUGCCACUGUUGUAUGUGGAAAGGUUAAAUACAUACGUUAUUAUUAUGUGUUUAACCAAACUUCUCUAAGAAUUAUCGGAAGCAAUGGUUUAUCGUUAUUUAUUUUUUAACAUAUAUUACAUAUAUAAAUUAAAUAACUAUGUAUCCAACUUUUCCAGCUUUCCACCUACAAUAGUAGCACACCCAUCUCCAGUAUCAGCUCUUUUGUUUGUGUUGACCACCAAGUUAAACUUAUUUAAUGGACAUUGUAAUCAAUUUUCAAGUAUUUCUAUUUGACCUAACAAUUUUGUACAUAUAAAACCAAAUAAAAACACCGUUACAAAAUACCUAUAAAUUGCUCUAUAAUGAACUUGAGUACUUGGCCGAUUAUAAGGGUUUAAAAACCCCUAUAAUUGCCCCUUAUCCUUUUUUUUCUCACAUUAUGUAUUUAUUUAGGUACCUAUUUAUAUAAUAUUUAUUCAUUGAUUGAUUAUUUAUUAUUUUAGAUUCUAAACAGAGCAUGGAAUGUAUUGGUUUCUUUUUUUUAUCUGUGACAACUUUUCUACCAGCAAUUUUGUUCUUAUUUACAAUAAUAACACAUUUUCUGGAAGAAAAUCUAACUGUGAUGGUACUUAAGGAAGUCAGUU